UGUGUCAGUGGUAACAGCGUCCUUUAGGGAGUUGCAUUGUGACAAGCGGCCCCAGUCUCCCCUAUAGAGUGUGAGGGCAGCGGGAAAAGGAGGUGAAGAAAGAGCUGCAGACAGGAGGAGCAAAAAGGAGGAGAGAAUGUUGAAGGGAAAAGUGAAUAUUGGGCUCAGUUCAAAGGCACGUAGAGGAGGAGGAGGAUAGAGGGAUGAGGGAUGGAGGGAUGAGGGAUGGCUUCCAGAUUUACUGUGGAAAGUUCAGAGGGAGAGAGGGAAGGGGAGGGACGAUGGAAGAGCGGCGGAGGGGAGGAGAGAGUCCACUCCUCCCUCUCUCUCCCUGUGUCUCUCUCUCUGUUUUGCAUAUUUUGCAGCCUCGCUCAGCCAUAUGGGAAAAUGUAAGUGAAGGAAUUGUCGGCUGCUGGGAAAAAAAAAACACGCGCAGGAAGCCGCGUGCGGAGCGCUCAGAGUUUGACACAAGUUGCCGCGCAAAAGGAAGAAGAAAAAAGGGAGAAAGAAAGGAAGAAGAACGGAGUGGUGGCGGGAGGAGAGUAAAAAAAGAAAAAAAAAUCUCCCCCACCCUUCAAAAAAAAAGAAGAAAAAAAGAAAUCGCACCGUGGCGAAGCUGACUUCAGACUGACGAUGUACUGCGCGUACACGAUCCCCGGGAUGACGGGCAACUCGCUGAUGUACUAUUACAACGGCAAAGCGGUGUACGCGCCGUCUGCCAGUACCGCCGACUAUAACCGGGACUCACCGGGUUAUCCUUCAUCUAAACCGCCCAGCGCCGGCUUCCCCAGCUCGUUCUUUAUGCCAGAUGGUCACCACAGCAGUGACCCCUGGAGCAGCAGUAGUAGCAGUAUGAGCCAGCAGGGUUACCAUGGCAGCAUGCUGGGGGGCGGGAACUCAGCACAUGGCCCCUCCCAGAGCUCCUCCUACUGCGGAAUUCACCCACAUGACAGAUUGAGUUACCCAUCGCACUCGUCUGCAGAUAUUAGCUCCAGCCUUCCACCCAUGUCCAGCUUCCACAGAGGGGGAGGAGCUGGGGGAGGGGCUAGUCACUACAGCACCGCCUCUUGUACUGCACCCACAAACGGCACAGACAGUGUUAUGGCUAACCGAGCACAGAGUGGAGCAGCCAGCAGCUCUCAGACCGGAGAUGCCUUAGGAAAAGCACUCGCAUCUAUCUACUCUCCAGACCACACAAACAACAGCUUCUCGUCCAAUCCCUCCACUCCUGUCGGCUCGCCGCCCUCCCUCACAGCUGCUAGCUCGGCUGUUUGGUCGAGGAACGGUGGACAGGGAGCAUCGUCGCCUAACUACGAUGCACCGCUGCACUCUCUGCAGAGUCGUAUCGAGGACCGCCUGGAACGUCUGGAUGAUGCUAUCCACGUGCUGCGCAGCCACGCAGUGGGUCAGUCUACGGGCAUGAGCAGCGGGCAUGGCGACAUGCACAGUCUUAUCGGGGCGGCGCACACGCAUAACGGCGCCAUAGGUGCCUUGGGCAGCGGGUACGGGACGGGACUGCUCUCCACCAACAGACACUCCCUCAUGGUCGGCUCACACAGAGAAGAUGGUGGCGGCGUGGGCAGUCUGCGUGGCGGACACUCAAUGGCGGGUCAGGUGUCGGUGCCUCAGCUGCCUGUUCAGUCGGCCACUUCGCCGGACCUGAGCCAGUCUGAUCCGUACUGCGCUCUCUCCGGUGGCCUUCAGGGUCAAAGCACCUCUUCAGUCAGCUCGGAGAUCAAGUCAGAGGAUGAGGGAGAUGAGAACCUCCUGCAGGAUUCAAAAGUCCUGGAACCCAAAAAGGAGGAUCCAGACUCCAAGGAGCUCAAAGCUAUUGAGAGCAACAACGAUGACGAGGACCUGUCUCCAGAGCAGAAGAUGGAGCGAGAGCGGGAACGGAGGAUGGCCAACAAUGCGCGGGAGCGCCUGCGCGUCCGUGACAUCAACGAGGCAUUUAAGGAACUGGGCAGGAUGGUUCAACUCCACCUGAAGAGCGACAAACCUCAGACCAAGUUACUGAUCCUGCACCAGGCCGUGGCUGUCAUCCUGAGUCUGGAGCAGCAAGUCCGAGAACGAAACCUGAACCCCAAGGCGGCCUGCCUGAAGCGCCGUGAGGAGGAGAAGGUCACUGUGACGUCGGACGGCACUCCUCUCUCAUUAGCUGCUGCCCACCACGCUGCCACCAUGGCUGACGGCUCCAACCCCAUGGGACAAAUGUCCAACUUGCCAGAAUUCAUCAAGAUGAUGAGUGACCACUUCCUCUGAUGGCGUUUCCAUGACAACCCAGCAGCUGAUCAAAGUGAUGCGGACACUCCAGCGGACCAAUCAGCCUCUUUCAGUCCUCUCGUCUGUCUCCGACCCUCCUCUUCACCUUCGGCUCGUUCUUCUGUCGAGAACAAAUUGCAAAAUCUCCUUCAGCAGUCUCGCCAUCUUGUCGCGUCUCCAGCUGGACUCGAUGCUGCUUCACGGAGAUGAUAAAACGGACCCACAGCGUGGAAGAACCAUCAGUUUAUGGACAACAGUGGACUAGCAAACAGCUUUGGAAUCAGUCUAAUAAAUUCCUCUAUUACGACUGGAUUUAUCAGCAUUCCCCAUUUGAAAGAACAAAAAGAAUUCAUUAUAUAUAAAUAAAUAUAUAUGUGAGAAAAUGAGGAAAAAAGAGAAGAACUUGUUUAAAAAAAUCUGUUUGGAGGUGAAUAGUGUGGCGGGAUUAGGGACGUUUUUCACAACAAUCAACACAUAUCACAAAAUGUUUUAGAGAUUUUUCUUUAUGCAUAUUUAUGGGGCGUCAGUACCAUCUUUGACUGAACGGCAGGCUAGUGCCAUCCUGUGGACGAAGCCUGAUCACUCUGUGGAUGCCGAGGAGUCGGACGAAGUUAGCAAAAAAAUAUUAAUAAUAAGGUUCCCCAGACUCCCGUCAGAACAUUUUCAGAAGCGUCUAAAUUAU